AGCUCAUCCUCACAACGAAAGCUAGAUCAUAUAAAUAGUCUCCCUUCCAAGUGCAGCUGCUAUUAUUAGUACUGCUACACAUGGGUUCCAAAUAUCUACUCUUGUUUUUUUACAUGGUUGUUUCUCUGAUGUGGGCUUCGCCCCGGGCAACUUCUCCUAGUCAUCCCAUGAUGCAGAGGUUCGAAGAAUGGAUGGCUCGGUUCGGCCGUGUUUAUGCAGAUGAUGCGGAGAAGUGGCGGCGGUUUCAGAUAUUUCAGGAUAACGUGAACUAUAUUGAAACCUUCAAUAAUCGGAGCGGAAACUCGUACACUCUCGGCACCAACCAAUUUGCUGAUAUGACAUUUGAUGAAUUUCUGAGUAAGUACACCAGUGCUUCUAUCCCCCUAAACGUGAAGCAAGAGGCGCCCUUGACGUCCUUUGAGGAUGUAAACAUGUCCGCAGUGCCCGAUAGUAUAGAUUGGAGGGACUAUGAUGCAGUGACAGAAGUCAAACAACAAGGCACAUGCGAAACUUGCUGGGCGUUCGCUGCGAUUGCGACGGUGGAAGGAAUCUACAAGAUCAAAAAAGGAGCACUGAUAUCCCUAUCAGAACAGGAGGUUAUGGAUUGCAGCGUUGGCAGCGGGUGCAUAGGUGGAGGCUGGGCGCACCAAGCCUACAAAUUCAUCAUACGGAAUGGAGGUGUGGCAACCGAGUCUUCCUAUCCCUAUACAGGAGUUCAACGCAAUUGUGAGUCCAACAUCGUGCCGAAUGCGGCUUACAUCGACGCUUAUCAACAUCUGCCUAGAAACAACGAAACCAGUCUUAAGGUUGCCGUGUCGAAGCAACCGGUAGCUUCCUAUCUCGAAGCCACCAGGGACUUCCAGCUUUACGUCGGCGGUGGCAUCUUUAAGGGACCUUGCGGAACUGCAGUCAACCAUGUCGUCGCCAUCAUAGGUUAUGGCGAGGACAGUAAUACCGGAGAGAAGUAUUGGAUACUGAAGAACUCGUGGGGAAAAAACUGGGGCGAAAAUGGGUUCGGGCGUUUGGAAAGAGAUGUCUCUUCAGUUGAAGGAUUAUGUGGUAUUGCCCAGCAGCCGGUCAUCCCGAUUAUCAACUCGACUCCUCUCGAGCUCGCCGACGUGGGAUCUGAUGGCAUAAGCGCUAUAUAAUUCAGAUCAAAGCUAGCUAUGUAUGCAUAUAUAAUUCGGCUUUGAUGAAGUGAUCGAUCGAUCCGUUCGCGACACUAUAAACUCGUAUAGCUACUAAAUAACGUCGACGUGCGCGUGGAGAUUGAGUUAACUUGUUUGGAUUCUGCGUGCUUAAAUGGUUCGUGUUAAUUCCUCGUACGUGUCUUCCAAUUUGAGCGAUUCUCGCCCUCACGAUCGAGUGUCCUCUGUAUUGGAUGUUGUUUGAAUGUUUAUGAUAUUAUAUAUCAAUUCGUUCGUGUGUUGUGACGUA